AUGAGGUCGGUACUACCGCGGCACCGGCUGCAGCGAUCAAAUCGAAGCAAUCGAGACCGGCAGAUGCAGCGAAACAUGCUACUACUCCUCCGACAAUUGCCAGCCUCAGGGCCGUCGGCGACGGGAUCUUUGGGACCAACUGUCACUUGUACUAUUUGA